GGUAAAGAGGCGUGAACUAAUCCGUCUGUCAUCAUAUAGGAAGUAGAGGGGUUUGUCAGAAGAACUGUAGUUCAGAGUUCCAGCAGGACAGAAUGGAGCCCACCUUGCUCUGUGUGUUACUCUUGCUGAAUACACACAUCAACUCUGGACACUCUGAAGAUGAUGAUGGAGUGGCGAAGGCUGUUCUGACCAUACACCCCAACAGAUCCCAGAUAUUCAGUGGAGAGUCUGUCACUCUCAGAUGUGUCAUACAGGGGGGAGGAGUCACUGACUGGAAAUACACAUGGCGCAAGAUUGGUCAUUCUGACUCCUCCAGUAAGAGGAAUGAACAUGAGGUCAGUGCUGCUAAGAUUUCCGACAGUGGUGACUACAGAUGUCUGGGGUCACAUCAACAGCAGGAUUCUAAACGGAGUGAUGUAGUAAGACUGACAGUGACACCUCUGCCCAAAGCUACACUGACUGUAGAACCAAAUCCUGUGUUCCCUGGAGAGACAGUUACUCUGACGUGUUCAGUAGAGUCUGACAGUAUCUGGAACUAUCAGUGGUACAAAGACAGGAAUGAUAAUGUAGUAUCCCAGUCUGGCAGACACACUAUAACAGGAGACACUCUCACCAUCAAUGGAUCAACAGUGAAUGAGGGUCCAUACUGGUGUCAGGGAGCGAGAGACUCCAGACCCACUUCUUCAUCCAUCAGUGACCCUGUCACUAUCACUGUCAAUGCUCUGCCUGUGGCCUCAGUGAGUGUCUCUCCUCAGGGUCUCCUCUACUCUGGAGAGACAGUCAGUCUGCAGUGUGUCAUACCAGAGUACACAGACUGGAGGUACUACUGGUACAAAAACAACCAACACCUUCCUGAUGAGACCAGUAAAGUCAUAGAUAUCACCAUCCCCAUCACCCAGACUAGUCAGGCUGGUCAGUACAGGUGUGAAGGGAACAGAGUGUCUCGACCCACAUCUUCACUACCAAGUGAUCCUGUCACUCUCACUGUAAAAGCUCUGCCUGAGGCCUCAGUGAGUGUCUCUCCUCAGGGUCUCCUCUACUCUGGAGAAACAGUCAAUCUGCAGUGUGUCAUACCAGAGUACAGAGACUGGAUGUACCUCUGGUUCAGAGACAACCAACAGCUUCCCAGUCAGACCAGUAAAAGCAUCACAUUCCCCAUCACUCAGACUGGUCAGUACAGAUGUGAAGGGAAGAGGAGAGAUCAUCCCCAGAGGUCACAACCCAGUGAUUAUGUCACCAUAAGUGUCACUGCCUUUCCCAAAACUACUCUGACUGUGAAGCCAAACCCUGCAUUCCCUGGAGAGAAAGUCACUCUGAUGUGUUCAGUUGGGUCUGACAGUAGCUGGAGCUAUCAGUGGUACAAAGACUGGAAUUAUAAUGUAGUGUCCCAGUCUGUCAGACACACUAUAACAGGAGACACCCUCACUAUCAGUAGAGCUGCUGAGUCUGACCAGGGUCUCUACUGGUGUCAGGGAGAGAUCCAGUCCAGAUCCAUAUCAUCAAUCAACAGUGAUCCUGUCACUAUCACCCUGAAUGCUCUACCCAGAGCAUCAGUGAGUAUCUCUCCUCAGUUUGUCCUCUACCCUGGAGAUACAGUCACUCUGCAGUGUGACAUAUCAGACUACACAGACUGGACGUACUACUGGUUUAUAGACAACCAACUGCUUCCCAGUCCGACCAGAAAAAACAUCGCCAUCUCUCUCCCUGACCAGGCUGGUCAGUACCAGUGUGUUGGGAUGAGGAGAGGUCGGCCCCAGAUGUCAUAUUACAGCUCAGCUCUCCCCAUCAUCAUCACUGCUCUGCCCAAAGCUACACUGACUGUAAAACCCAACCCUGUGUUCCCUGGAGAGACAGUUACUCUGACGUGUUCAGUAGGGUCUGACAGUAGCUGGAGCUAUCACUGGUACAAAUACAGGAAUUAUUAUGUAUUAUCCCAGUCUGUCAGACACACUAUAAGAGGAGACACCCUCAACAUCAGCAGAGUUGCUGAGUCUGACCAGGGUCUCUACUGGUGUCAGGGAGAGAUCCAGUCCAGAUCCAUAUCAUCAAUCAACAGUGAUCUUGUCACUAUCACCCUGAAUGCUCUGCCCAAACCUACACUGACUGUAAAACCCAACCCUGUGUUCCCUGGAGAGACAGUCACUCUGACAUGUUCAGUAGGAUCUGACAGUAUCUGGAGCUAUAAGUGGUACAAAGACAGGAAUGAUAAUGUAGUAUCCCAGUCUGGUUACAACUACAUUGGAGUCUCUCACAUCAGUAGAGCUGCUGAGUCUGACCAGGGUCAGUACUGGUGUGAAGGGAACAGUGUGUCUAGACCCACAUCUUCACAACCAAGUAAUGCUAUUACUCUUACUGUAAAAGAUAGUCGUCCGACGGCCACACUGAGUUCUGACAAAGAGGAAGUAUUCACAGGAGACAGCGUGACACUGAGCUGUACUGUAGAGUCUCCUGGGUGGAAGUUUUACUGGUACAGACACAGACCAGACUCUACACCAGUAACCACAACCUCUGGAUACUCCUACACACUCAGCUGGGUCAGUGUCUCUGAUGGAGGACAGUACUGGUGCAGAGCUGGGAGAGGAGACCCAGUCUACUACACCCUGUACAGUGACCAAGUCCAGAUAAACAUUACUGAGAGGCCUGUUGCUGUUCUGACCCUCCAACCAAACUGGACCCAGAUAUUCAGUGGAGAGACUGUUACUAUGAGAUGUGACAUACAGGGAGGAGGAGACUCUGACUGGAACUACAGAUGGUAUAAGAAUAGUCAGUUAGUGAUCUCCUUUAACACAAAGCCUGAGUACAGAAUCAGUCCUGUCUACUGGUAUAACAGUGGAUCAUAUACCUGUGAGGGUGUAAAGGGAAACAAGUUCUCCAAGCUCAGUGAUGCUGUACAACUGACUGUGUCUGAUCAACCCAAGGCUGUCCUGAGUAUCUUUCCUCAGUGGAUGAACCCUGGAGACUCAGUAAUGCUGAGCUGUGAAGUUGACAAGAUGUCAACAGGCUGGAGGUUCUCCUGGUACAGGACUGUUCCCUACAGAGCUGGGAUACCCUCCCUAUCAGACAAGUCUUACUCUCUACAGCCCCUAUCUGACAAUGUGACUAGUGAAGACUCCUACACUCUGAUCCCUGCUGGUCCUACUCACACAGGAGGAUAUGUGUGUCGAGCUGGGAGAGGAGACCCAGUCUAUGACACACUCUACAGUGAACCUCAUUUUCUCUGGUCAGGAGAUCUGCAGCCUUCAGUGUCUCUUACAGUAAAUCCCAACACAACUCAACACUUUACAUCAACGUCUCUCUCACUGACCUGUGAGCUGAAGGGGAACUCUACUGGAUGGAGACUGAUGAGUUACACAGAGAGAGGAGUUGAGUCAGGGUGUGUCUCUAACUGGGGAUCAAUAACAGGGUCUACAUGUACCAUCAGCUACACAUACACAGGGUCCAGUGGAGUGUACUGGUGUGAGUCUGGAUCAGGAGAGUACAGUAAUGCUGUCAACAUCACAGUAAAUGAUGGUGACGUGAUCCUUGAGAGCCCUGUCCAUCCUGUGACUGAAAGAGACUCUGUGACUCUGUGCUGUAAAUACCGGACAAUCAAAUCAAACUUCAAGGCUGAUUUCUACAAAAAUGGAGUACUCAUCAAGAAUGAGACCACAGGAGAGAUGACCAUCCCUACAGUAUCCAAGUCAGAUGAAGGAUUCUAUAAGUGUAAAUCUGGUGAAGGAGAAUCACCAGAGAGCUGGGUGACAGUGAGAGUCUCUCCAUUUGUAUCUCCUGGAUCCUCUACAUCAGUCCUAGUAGGAGUGGUUGUGGGUCUGCUUGUUGCUGGUGUCCUACUGGUCAUUCUCCUGGUCCUGCUCGUGAGAUAUCAAAACAGCAAAGGUUCCUGUUUCAACAGAAUAUUCUGGCCCCCUCAGCCCCAGAGCACCAACCAUGACCCCCAACAGGACCAAGGAUCUGGGUAUACACAUCAGCAGCAUGGUGACGCUAACAUCUACGAUACGAUCAAUUCCUCAGACAACAAUGAUAAUGAUGUUACUGGUGCUUCUGCUGCUGGACCAAGUCAUGUGACUUACGCCCAGAUUCAACUGAAAAAGUUGGACAACAAAAAGAAAGAAAAACUAGCUGAUCCAGCUAAAGAUCCAGUCUACUCUGUGGUGAAAACAGGGAAAGCGACAGCAGCAGCUGGACCUGAUGAUGUCACCUAUGCUGAGGUGGACCUCAACAACAAGGCCAAAGCCAAGAAGAAGAGAGGAGCUGGAUCUGUUGAUGUGACCUAUGCUGAGGUUGACCUCCAAAGAAAGGCCAAAGCCAAGAAGAAGAGAGAAACACCAAACCCACCAGAGACAGAUUCAGUCUAUUCUCUAGUGAAGCCAUACACAGUCCCCGGAGCAGCAGGACCUGUUAAUGUGACCUAUGCUGAGGUUGAUCUCCAAAAGAAGAACAAAGCCAAGAAGAAGAGAGCAACCCCACCCGAGGCAGAUUCAGUCUAUUCUCAAUUGAAGCCACGGUCAUGCCCUGGUCCUUGA